CACGCUGACACCAUGGCACCAAGGCUCCCGGGAAUGGGGCCCUUCUCCCUCCUCAGCCUUGGAUUCCUGCUCCUGGUUCUGGCUCUCCCUGCUGAUGCUGGGCUCUCUCAGAAGCACGUCUCGGACGUCGUGGAUGACAGCAAAGACAACAUCACCAUUUUCACACGCAUCCUGGACCGGCUCCUGGACGGAUACGACAACCGCCUGAGGCCUGGGCUCGGAGACAGUGUAACCGAAGUCAAGACAGACAUUUACGUGACGAGUUUCGGCCCUGUCUCGGACACAGACAUGGAAUACACCAUUGACGUCUUUUUCCGUCAGUCCUGGAGAGAUGAAAGGCUGAAGUUUGAUGGCCCCAUGAAAAUCCUUCCCCUGAACAACCUGCUGGCCAGUAAGAUCUGGACUCCUGACACUUUCUUCCACAACGGGAAGAAAUCUGUUGCCCACAACAUGACAACCCCCAACAAGCUGCUGCGCCUGGUGGACAACGGCACCCUCCUGUACACCAUGAGGCUGACCAUCCACGCCGAGUGCCCCAUGCACCUGGAGGACUUCCCAAUGGACGUGCACGCCUGCCCCCUGAAAUUUGGGAGCUAUGCCUACACAAAGACAGAGGUGAUCUACACCUGGACCCUGGGGAAGGAUAAAUCCGUGGAAGUAGCCAAGGGUGGAUCUCGCCUGAACCAGUAUGACCUGCUGGGCCAUGUGGUUGGGACAGAGAUGGUUCGAUCCAGCACAGGGGAAUACGUCGUCAUGACCACACACUUCCACCUCAAGAGGAAGAUCGGGUACUUUGUGAUCCAGACCUACCUGCCCUGCAUCAUGACUGUCAUCCUGUCCCAGGUCUCCUUCUGGCUCAACAGGGAGUCCGUCCCGGCCCGCACGGUUUUUGGUGUCACCACGGUGCUCACCAUGACCACACUAAGCAUCAGCGCCAGAAACUCGUUACCCAAAGUGGCGUACGCGACGGCCAUGGACUGGUUCAUAGCCGUCUGUUAUGCCUUUGUGUUUUCUGCGCUGAUCGAGUUCGCCACCGUCAACUACUUCACCAAGCGCAGCUGGGCCUGGGAUGGCAAGAAGGUGCUGGAGGCCCAGGAGAUGAAGAAAAAAGAGCCGGUGGCGCUGGCGAAGAAAACCAACAACACCUACAACAUUGUUGGCACCACCUACGCCCUGAACAUCAGCAAGGAGCCCGGCCUGCCCACCAUCUCCAAGAGUGCUGCUGCCACUGCCACGGCCACCAGCGUGCCCCCGAAGAUGCCCCGCCUGGAGGAGAAGCUCCCCGAGAGCAAGAAGACCUACAACAGCGUCAGCAAGGUAGACAAGAUGUCCCGCAUCGUCUUCCCAGUCCUCUUUGCCAUUUUCAACUUGGUCUACUGGGCCACCUACGUGAACCGGGAGUCAGCUAUCAAGGGAAUGAUCCCCAAACAAUAA